GAGUGCUGCUGAGAAAGCCAGGCAGGCAAAAGACUCUAUGGCUGAUACUGCUAGAGAGUACACCGGCAGUGCUGCUGAUAAGGCAAGACAGACGAGAGAAGUUGCUGAAAGGAAGACUAGGGAGUAUGCAGAUACCACCAAGUAUUACGCUGGAAGUGCGGCUGAAAAGCUAGGCAAGCAAAAGAUGAGACUGUCGACACAACCUAUGAUUAUGCUGGAAGAGAUGCUGAUACGACCAAAGAGUAUGCUGGGGCCGCAGCUGAUAAGGCAAGACAAACAAAGGAUGUGACUGUAGACACUACCUAUGAUUAUGCUGGCAGAGCCACGGAUCAAUCCAAGGAGCAUGCUGGCGCUGCAGCUGAGAAGGCAAGACAAGCCAAGGAUGCGACCGUGGAUAUAACCAAAAGUUAUGCUGGAAGUACAACAGAUAAGACCAAAGACUAUGCCGGAUAUGAAGCUGAUAAAGCAAGGCAGGGAAAAGAUUCGACAGUGGACACCGCAAAGAAGUAUGCAGGCUAUGUUGCUGAUAAAGCAAGACAAGCGAAAGAUGCUAUUGUUGACACCACAAAGGAAUAUGCUGGAUAUUGCCGCUGACAAAGCGCGACAGGCCAAAGAUACUACAGUAGACGCCACGAUGGACUAUGCUGGGAGUGCAGCCGACAAGGCGAGAGAGGCAAAGGAUUAUACUGCUAAGAAGGCUGUCGAACGCAAAGAUACUGUAGCUGGUAAGAUUUUUGAUCUGAAGGACUCUGCAGCUGAUGCCGCUAGAAGAGCUAUGAAUUUCUUGAUUGGUAAGAAGGAUGAAACCAAAGACAAAACCUAUGAGACUGCCGAAGCAGCCAAGGACAAGACAUAUGGAGCAGCUCAAACAGCCAAGGACAAUACGUAUGAAACUGCUCAAGCAGCCAAGGAGAAGACGUACGGGACAUCUCAAACAGCCAAAGACAAGACAUUUGAAACUGCUCAAUCAGCCAAAGAGAAGGCAGCUCAAACUGGUCAAGCAACCAAGCAGCCCUUGGUGCCACCAGCAAGAACAGUUCCUAGUACGAAUAUGAACUGAGCAAGACCUGAACUUCCCUAGAGCAACAUAUGCUAUCAUGACAAUCUCCAACUUUCCAAGGCAGCCCUUCUGCAACAAGAAAGCUAUGAUUUCAGCAGUAACUACUACUUAGCGCCUCCACCCGAAUCUUUGUGGACGUCAUCUGCAAGACCACAUAGCACCGCCUGUGUUCGAAGAACUACUUGCUUAUCAAAAGGAAAUCACAGCAAAACAUAGUUGAUACCUUAGUAAAUGACUGUGUACAUCUCCAACAACGUACACGAGGUAGUGUCCAAUAAAGUACCGAUACGUGUGUAUAUGCAUCUCAUCGCCGGGAGAGACGAAACCAACAAGACCAGUUUGGUAGAAGAAAAUUUCAGCAUCAACAAGAAUUCUCAUCGCUGGGAGAGACGAAACCAACAACACCAGUUUGGUAGAAGAAAAUGUCAGCAUCAACAAGACUCAACUCUCCCUGCCGCCACAUAGUUGGGUACUUUAGAAUCUAAUAGUACCACCUCGUACACAUAGUCACAUCCACGUCGAGAGAGCCACCAGUGGGCAGAGCAGACGCACCACAAUUUGAUAUGAACAAUAAUGAUCUCAAACAACAGGCACCGUUGUGACAGAGACCGUCAACUACAUGUUUCAUAUAUUGUCAAUCCAACUUCUGUAGAGAAAGAGACAUCUCAAGUUGCUGAAUAUCUAAAGCCUAACUUCAAAUCAAAAGUUGAAUAUUUAAAGUGU